AUGGGUGGGAAGGAAAAAGAAGCAGGGGAAUCUAUCAGUCAGAGGCCAUGUUACUCAGAGCCUGGACAGAAUGUCUGCCCAUCACUGGCCAAAGUGGAGGAAGAGGUUGAAAUCUGGAAGAGGAUUUUUAAGCUGGCUUCAUUUUUAGCUGAUUUACGACAAACACUGAAGGCUGCAGUGCAGAAGUCACCAAAGUCGGGAAAAGGAGAUGAGAUUAAAAGCAGGUUAGGAGAUCUGAAAGCUGUCGGUGUUGAUUUUCUCAGAGAUGACAACAGCCGUCUUCAUCAUACCAAUGACUAUACCCAUAGUAGCCUAAUUGUGAGACGUGGGGAGGAAUUUCAGCUAAAAGUGACAUUUAGCAGGGAGCUGCAAGAGAAUGACAAAGUCAAUCUGCUGCUGAGCAUUGGUGAAGCACCAAUGCCAUCUAAUGGGACCUUCAUAACCCUGAAUACAAGGGCACAACAGGAUGCGGAACCAUGGCAUGCCAGCAUCUGUCAAACAAAUGGGAAGGAGUGCAUAAUAGCUAUAACCAGCCCAGCUGAUGCGAUCAUUGGAAAAUAUCUUCUGAAGGUGGACACAGGAUCUAAUAUUUAUAGUCCUGCUAAAAAUUUUAUCUAUGUUUUGUUCAAUGCUUGGUGUCAAGCGGAUUCUGUUUUCAUGCUGAAUGAUGGUGAAAGAGCCGAGUAUAUCCUCAGUGAUACUGGCUAUAUUUAUGUUGGAUCAGAAGCAAAUAUUUAUGGAAGACCAUGGAAUUUUGGGCAGUUUGAGGAAGAUAUUUUGGAUUGCUGCAUGUACCUUCUGGACAAGAGCAAACUCAAGCUGAGUGCUAAAAGAGAUCCAGUGAUCAUCUCCAGGGCUAUGUCAGCUUUGGUUAAUUCUCAUGAUGAUCGUGGAGUUCUGCUUGCAAGCUGGUCAGGAAACUAUUCUGGUGGUACAUCUCCUUUGGCCUGGACAGGAAGUGUCCCAAUUUUGCAGCAAUAUUACAGAACACAAAAAAGUAUCUUGUAUGGUCAGUGUUGGGUUUUCUCUGGAGUGCUUACCACAGUUAUGCGCUGUCUGGGGAUUCCGUGCAGAAGUGUGACAAAUUUUGCUUCGGCUCAUGAUACAGAGGAAAACCUUAAAGUGGACAUUUACUUGGAUGAGAAAGGAAGAAAAAUAGAUUCAUUAACGACAGACGCAGUUUGGAACUUCCACGUAUGGAAUGACGCCUGGAUGAAAAGGCCAGACUUGCCCGGUGGCUUUGAUGGCUGGCAGGCAAUCGAUGCCACACCUCAGGAAUUGAGCCAAGGGAUUUACCAGUGUGGCCCAUGCCCAGUCAAGGCCAUCAAAAAUGGAGAAGUCUACCUUCCCUAUGACUCUAAGUUUGUGUUUGCUGAAGUGAAUGCAGACAAGAUCUUUUGGCGUGUAAAUAAUGGGGAGGACACAAAAGAAUAUGUCAAGCUGUGGGAAGAAACCAAGGCAAUAGGAUUGAACAUCAGCACUAAAUCUGUUGGGAAGAACAUUCGUGAAGAUAUCACUGCCCAAUACAAAUUUCUGGAAGGUACUCCUGAGGAAAGGAAAGCUAUGGAAACUGCUUCUUCCUACCUGCCGUCUUCAAAACGCCAAAGCUAUGAAUAUGUACCACCUCCUACCCUGAAGGCUAACCUGAAACUUGGGGUGGAGAGAAAAGAUUCCUUGUGGCCAGGACAGCCAGUUGAUUUGAAUGUCACUGUAGAGAAUGAAUCUGUGGGCAGUUGGACCAGCAGCCUUACUGCCUCUUGUCAACUUGAAUCAUAUACUGGGAAAGUGCAUGCAAACCUUUCAACAGUCAAGCAGAUUGUCCAGACUGAAGGCAAACCAGUUAUUCAAAUACCUUGGAAAAUAACAGCUGAUGCUUACAUGCCAACAAUGAUGUCUAUUGAGGAUGAACUUCUGAUAAAAGUCAAUAUUAUUGCUGAAGUUCAAGAAACUAAUGAAAAACUCACAAAAGAAUUUACUUUAAAUUUUGAGUACCCACCUCUCAAAAUUGAGAUGGCAGAAACUGCAAAGGUUAAUCAAGAUUUUAUCUGUGCAUUUAUCUUCAAGAAUACAUUGUCUAUUCCACUGGAAAACUGCAAACUGUAUGUAGAAGGCCUAGGCAUCUUUAUGAUGGAAGUAUUUGAUCAAGGGGACAUAGCACCUGGUAAAAUCUUUAAAUCCAAAAUAGUGUGUGCUCCAAGGAAGACUGGACUGAAGAAGAUAGUGGCCAAACUGAAUUCUACCCAGCUAAAAGAAAUAACUGCGGAAAAGAUAAUUUCCAUCACCCAGUAGGCGCAUUCUCAAAUACUAUCAGGUGGUGUCACUAGAGAUACAUGUUAUGACUAUAGAUUCUACUUGCAGCCUUGAUUGUAGGCCAAAAGAUUAUAUACAGAUAUAAAUGUUAAGCUAAAAGAAUUUAAGUAGCUUCAGGUGAUCACUAUUUUGAUUUUAUCUAAUGGAGAUUUAAUAGAGAUUAUUCAAAUAUGCUUUUAUGUUUGCAGCAUUCUGACAGUUUAUGACUACUAAAGCCACAAUAUGUGUAAUCUGGAGUUGGAAUAAUUUAGAAGGAAUUGUGUUGGUUUUCUUUUAGGACUUGUGUGAUGCUGUCAGUGUUUAUGCCUUCUCUUGUCAUUGUAUACUUUGUGAUUGUUUCUCCUUGUAGGCCUAAUUGCUAACAUGCAAUAUGUUACAAAGCUGCAUCAGUUUAUGUUCUUUCAUUUAGAAUAUGCUAGGCAAUAUUUGAUAUAUUAGGCUGGCUUCAAGCUUAGUCCCACAACUAAUGUAACUGACUGUAAUGACUGGAACACUCGAGCUUUCACUCAGUUACGACUCAUAAGCUGCUGCUUAUAAAUCUAUUUAAUGAAGCGAAGUGUUCAGGACAGAGAAAAAGUUGUGAAUGGCAUUUCCCACGUUUCUACAUUUUAAAAAUCACAGAGACUUCAAAUUCCCCCCCACUGCCCCCGUAAGUAUGCACCCCUCCUUCCCGUGCCACCAGAUGGCUGGAACAGUUUCUCUCGAGAUGACCUUGGGGCAAGGAGCAUCUAGCUCAAACAAGAUGAUUCACACUCCAGCCUGGCUCCCCCUCCCUGCUGGUGACUCGCAGGUUGACACGGGUUGCUGGAAGACAGAUGCGAAUCCAAUUAGAUGUUCUGGGAACAUUUGAUCGGGGAGUGUGACACUGACAUUGAUUUCAAGAGUUCUUCUCUAAGCAUCACUAACUUUGGAUCCAACUCAAUUCAGUUUUAGGUAGGAUUAUAUAUAUUCUAUGACUCUGAAUAGGGUUUGCUAUGAAGCACAAAUUAGUUCCUAAAAGUUCUUUAGAUGAUUAUAUCACCAAAAUUAAGUUAUGUCUUCUAGUUCAAAGUAUAAUCUCAUAUGCUUUCUCUACCAUUCCUAGUUAUGAAUUCCUAGUUCCUAUCCAA